CGCACCAUACACUUCACCAUUUGUAUUUCAAUUAUAAUUAUGGUCAAUAUUUUACAAUAUGGGAUAAAAUUGGUGGAAGUCAUCGAUUUCCAAGUGAAGAACAGUUUGAUACUAAAAAGAAACGAGAUAAAAAAGUUUGGGACAAACAAGCUGGUGAAGUUGAUAGAUUUGAUGA